CAGAACAAACAAAGCAUGGCAGGUCCGCCAACCACUUCGUUUCCUUCUACGAACGCUUCUGGUGGUCAUUUGGUGGAAGAUUUAGAAUCAGCUUUUCAGGACUGCAUAAAGACCCUCACUGCCCAGGAGUAUUUUAAUGCAAGUGAUUCUGAUGAAGUGAAAUCAAGUGUAGAGCAAAACCUUCAGAAGUUUCUAGACCUGGCCAGGCAAACUGAGGCAGUAUUUCUGCAGAAAAGGCUGUUGGUGUCAGUGAAAAAACCUGAACAAGUUGUGAAAGAGGACAUCCAAGAACUGAGGCAGGAGUUAAUGCGAAAGGAAGCAAUGCUUGUAAAACACCAAGAGAAGCUUCAGCAGUGGCAGAACCUGAUGAGGUCUAUACAGUCUGGACAGCCAGUGCCUAAUCAAGCAGCAACAGGCCUAUCUCACCCAAACCAACCGUCCCAACAGGGCAUGCCCACAAACUUACCCCACCCAGGACAGCACUCCCAACAGGGGCAGCAGCCUGCCUCCCAGUCUAUGAUGAUAGGUGGGCAGGGACACCCAUAUAGUGGGGGACCAGGACCUUUGGCCUACCUGGAACAGACCAUGUCAAAUAUUGGUAUGCCAGAGAGACGAUGAUAUCUGGGACAUGGGUUCUUUGGUAUCCCUGAGAGACUUUGACUCUUUGUGCAGAACGACAGCAUUUGUGUGGUUCAUAGGUUUAUUGGUUUAUUGCCAGAGAGGACACUGUGUGGGACAUACGAGUAAGUCCUGAGAGGCUCGGACACUGUGUGGCACAUACCAGUCGGUCCUGAAAGACCUUGACACCGUAUUGAACAUUGACACUUUGUGAAUUAUAGAUUUACAGGCAUGCCAGGGAGAACAAACUCUCACACAUUGCAGUGGUAUCCUUUAAAGACGACGCUUUGUGUGGAACACUUAUCGGCAUACCAGACAAAUGCUGACACUAUGACAUUUUCUGUAAAUCAUAGGUCUGUUGUUACGCCAGAGAUGAUGACACUAUGUGUUGAUCAUGGGUCUGUUGGUAUGCCAGAGGUGAUGAAACUUGUGUGCAGAUCAUAGGUCUAUUGGUAUAUAGGGAUGAUGACACAGUGUGUGGAUCAUAGGUUUAUUGGUGAGCCAGAGAUGAUGACAGUGUGUGUGGAUCAUAGGUUUAUUGGUGAGCCAGAGAUGAUGACAGUGUGUGUGGAUCAUAGGUUUAUUGGUGAACCAGAGAUGAUGACACUGUGUGGAUAAUAGGUCUGUUGGUAUGCCUGAGAUGAUGACAUUUUGUAUGGAUCAUGGGUUUAUUGCUAGGCCAGAGAUGAUGACACUGUGUGGAUCAUAGGUCUAUUGGUAUGCCAGAGAUCAUGACAGUGUGUGUGGAUCACAGGUCUAUUGGUAUGCCAGGGAUAAUGACACUUUGUGUGGAUCAAAGGUCAGUUGGUGUGCCAGAGAUGAUGAUACUGUGUAGAACAAAGGUCUGGUGGAAGUCACGAGAAUUAAACACUUUGCAUGGAGUAUACAGAUAUUAUAGUACCAUUAAUGUGUAACCGGUAAAUCUUGUGCUAAAUGCAUCAGCUUAUUCCACCUACAUGUACAUAUAAUUACGCCCGGCUUGGAUUUAUCUCCCUUUAAUCUGUUGUCCAGAUUGAAGGGAGGUAAAUCCCAAGGCUGUUUACAUGGACAAGCUUUUGAAUGAAUGUUUAUCAAUAAUUUUUGAAGUAAUAUGAUGUCCAGGAUCUAUAUUGGUGCUGUUUUGAGAGAUCCAUUUGAAUCUCCUUCUGAACCUGUGUAAUUGUGAAAACUUUCACUAUGUUUAUAUGGUUUCUUGAUGUCCUGAAAUAGACUAAUCCAGCCGUCAUUUUGUCUCUAGGAUCAAAUUAUAAAAAUGUAAAAUUGCAUCCGUUC